UCCUGUUCAUCAUGAGAAGACAAAGAAUGUUGACAUUGAUUGUCAUUUCAUUCGAGACAAGUCAAAUGAAGGUGUUAUUGCCCCUACCUAUGUUCACACCACUCAACAACUAGCAGAUGUGUUCACCAAAAUUCUAUCCGUGGAACAAAUGAAUCAACUCUUGUCGAAGCUUGGAGUUCAUUCACUUUCCUCACUCUAAGCUUGAGGGGAAGUGAUGAAAUAGAGAGUAGUAAUAUAUGCUGUAGUAGGUAGAGUAUUGUUUGUCUGUUAGUGCUGUUAUAGGCUAGCAAUGUAUUUUUGUUUGCUCUGUAAUGAUCUGUAAUGUUCCUAGUGAUUCUAAGAGGCCAAUUCUCUAGGUUAACUUUUGGGUGCUGUCAUAUAUAAGACAUCAAGAAUAUUGUAGCAGUCAUUCAGAAAAAUUUCACAAAAAUGCUCAAUGAAAAGAUCCUGCUCCCACCAUAUUUGCUGCUAUUCUGUUUGUGCUAAAAAUCGAGCCUUUUAUGUUUGUCAUCACGACGCAACACAUAGCCAAUAGGACCUUUGUAGAUCAAGAACUAGCCAACAUGAAGCAAACCGGGUAUAGAAAGUCACAACCUACAACCACCUUUAUGAAUCGUAAAACCCGUGAUAACGGGUAUUAAACUUUGGCGCCAUAUAUAAAGUAUGAACGAAUUGAACACCAAGUAAACUGUAAAUGUCUCUCCGAGUGCUCCAACGGAGUUUCAUCACUUGGUGCUCCUUUCGCUUCUCUACGCUAGCAGCCACCACUUCUUCGCAUCCUAGAAGCCGUUGCGCCGCCAUUGUCGACCACCAUGAUACUUUUCUUCCUUUCUCCUCCUCUUACCCUCCUCUGCAACACACUUGUAGCUCUGAAAUUCGAGACUUUUUCGUGUAUCGGUACCAGCAUUCUUGUUCCUCAAUUGAAGCUAAUCAGCUUCAUCUUGGAAUUUACAAACAUGGGUUUGAAGCAGAUUUGUUUCUUGUUAAUACCCUUAUUAAUGUUUAUGUUAGAUUUGGUGAUCUUGUUUCUGCACGCAAGGUGUUUGAUGAAAUGCCUGAGAGAAAUUUGGUUAGUUGGGCUUGCUUGAUUUCGGGUUACGGUCAAAAUGGUAUGCUGGUUGCAGCAUGUGCUACUUUUAGGGACAUGGUUUCUGCGGGUUAUUCCCCUAAUAGUUAUGCAUUUGGUAGUGUCUUGCGCGCUUGCCAAGAUUUAGGGCCUGAUUAUCUGAAAUUUGGUUUGCAAAUUCAUGGUAUGAUAUCGAAGAUGAGUUAUGCUCAUGAUGUGCUUGUUGGUAAUGUGUUGAUUUCGAUGUAUGGAAGUUGUUUCUUGGGGUCGGGGGAUAAUGCUAGGAGAGUGUUUGAUGAAAUAGAUGGGAAGAUUGCAGUAUCAUGGAACUCUAUUAUUUCAGUGUAUUCUAAAAGAGGAGACGCGAUCGGUGCUUUUAAGAUGUUUGCAAGGAUGCAACAUGAAUGUUCUGGGUUUAAUUUUAAGCCUAAUGCUUAUACAUUGAGUAGCUUAAUUGCUGUUGCAUCUUCCUCUUCACUAUUUGGCUCAAGCUUACUACAGCAAAUAGCCUCGCGAGUGCAAAAAUCUGGAUUUCUGGAUGAUUUGUAUGUAGGAAGUGCUUUAGUCAGUGGAUUGGCCAAGUUUGGUUUAAUUGAUGAUUCAUGGAAGAUUUUUGAGUGUAUGAGUACUAGAAAUGCAGUCACUAUGAAUGGCUUGAUGGUUGGGUUAGUAAAUCAAAAGCGAGGAGAACAAGCUGUUGAUGUUUUCAAACGGAUGAAACAUUUGGUUGAAGUCAAUCCGGACUCUUAUGUGGUCCUAUUAAGCGCUUUUGCAGAAUUCGAUGAACUAGAAGAAGGGAGAAGAAAGGGUAAAGAACUCCAUGCUUAUGCAAUCAGAAGUGGCCUUAGGGAUGCUAAAGUUGCAGUUGCCAAUGCCCUUAUUAAUAUGUAUGCAAGAUGUGGGGCUAUUGAUAGUUCUCGUGCAGUUUUUGAACAAAUGGGCGAGAGAGACUUGAUUUCAUGGAACUCAUUGAUAGCUGGUCUCGACCAAAAUGAACUGUUUGAAGAUGCUGUUACUACUUUCUGCCGUAUGAGGAGAUCUGGAAUUAGGCCCACAAAUUUUGCAUUGAUAAGCUGUUUGAGUUCAUGUGCUAGCUUGGGUUGGCUGAGGCAAGGGGCGCAAGUACAUACAGAAGCACUUAGAUUAGGACUUGACUCUGAUGUCUCAGUUUCCAAUGCACUACUUUCCAUGUAUGCAGAUACUAGAAGUUUCAAAGAAUGCCAGAAACUGUUUACCUUGAUGCCAGAGCAUGAUCAAGUUUCUUGGAAUUCUAUCAUUGGUGCAUUGGCUAACUCAGAAACAUAUGCAUUGGAAUCUGUGAAGUAUAUCCUGGAGAUGAUGCGAUCGGGCUGUAGACUUAAUGGGGUGACCUUAGUGAAUAUACUUUCGGCAAUUUCUUCUGAUUCCCUUUCUCUUUCUAAAUUAGGCCCGCAGGUUCAUGCAUUGGCAUUCAAUUAUGGCUUUGCAAAUAACAUUACAAUUGAAAAUGCGCUCAUCUCUUGUUAUGGGAGAUGCGGUAGAAUGGAAGAUUGUGAAUCAAUCUUUUCAAGAAUGGCUCAGAAGGAUGAGGUUAGUUGGAACACCAUGAUAUCUGGUUGCGUACAUAAUGAGUAUUUAUCCAAGGCUGUUGAUCUCGUUUGGCUCAUGAUGCAGAGUGGUCAGAAGUUAGACCACUUCACCUUUGCAACUGUUCUUAGUGCAUGUGCCUCAGUUGCUACUUUGGAGCGUGGGAUGGAAGUCCAUGCUUGUCAAAUCAGGGCUCAUCUGGAAUCUGAUGUUGUGGUGGGAAGUGCAAUUGUUGACAUGUAUGCAAAAUGUGGAAGGAUAGCCUAUGCUGCAAGAUUUUUUGAUCUGAUGCCAGUGAAGAAUAUAUUUACCUGGAAUACCAUGAUUUCGGGGUAUGCAAGGCAUGGGUUUGCCAACAAAGCUUUAGAGAUUUUUGAACAAAUGAAGGAGGAAGGUCAACCUCCAAAUCAUGUCACAUUUGUUGGAGUCCUAUCAGCUUGUAGUCAUGGUGGAUUAGUUGAAAAAGGUUUCAAGUACUUUGAGUCUAUGAGCAGCGACUACGGAUUAGAACCUCAAAUGGAGCACUUUUCAUGUAUGGUUGACCUCCUUGGGCGAUCAGGUAAAUUGGAUAAAGUUGAAGAUUUCAUCAACAGAAUGCCGAUGAAGCCAAAUAAUCUUAUUUGGAGAACAGUUCUGGGGUCUUGCAGUCGGACCAGUGGUCGCAACAGUGAAUUAGGUAAGCGAGCUGCAGAGAUGCUUUUGCAGCUGGAGCCCGAAAAUGGCGCAAAUUAUGUACUUCUUGGUAACAUGUAUGCUGCAGGAUCAAAUUGGGAAAACUUGGCCAUUACCCGGUCUGCAAUGAGUUUAGCAGCAGCAAAGAAGCAAGCUGGGUGCAGUUGGGUCACUAUGAGGGAUGGCGUCCAUGUGUUUGUUGCAGGAGACAUAUCACACCCAGAGAAAGAUGCAAUUUAUGAAAAACUUGGAGAACUGCUGAGAAAGAUGAGGGAGGCUGGUUAUGUACCACAGACAAGCUUUGCUUUGUAUGAUCUUGAAUCAGAGAGCAAGGAAGAACUCCUGAGUUAUCACAGUGAGAAACUGGCCAUUGCCUUUGUCCUUACUCGCACAUCAAAUUCCACCAUCAGGAUAAUGAAAAAUCUGCGAGUUUGUGGUGAUUGUCACUCAGCUUUUCGAUACAUUUCAAAAAUUGUUGGUCGCCAAAUUGUGCUGCGAGACUCUAACAGAUUCCAUCAUUUUACUGAUGGUGAGUGUUCAUGUGGGGAUUAUUGGUGAUAUUUAUGUCCAUAGAAUACGAAAUCUUUCAGGCCUUUCAAGUUUACAAACAUGAGAUGGAACCAUGGAAGUGGAAAUGAUACUGCUGUGACUAAUCCUUAAAUACUUCAUGUGUUUUGAGCAUAGAACACUAAUAUGAUGAGUUGUGGGUGAAGCAGAAUAAUCUUGCAAUCUUGUUUUGUGGACUGCAGUUGAAAUCAGAAGUCUACACAAACAGUGGCAAAAGCAGCCCUAUUCAAAAGAUAUACUUUGUUUGUUAACCCAUUUUCAAACCUUAAAGGUAAGCAACCACCCUCUCUUCUCCUCUUCAUGUACGCAGCUACCUGCUCUAUCCUGAAUAAGCAAACAGUAGUGAGAGAUUGCUCUAUUGAGUAAUGGGAAGCAGCCUUAAAGGGGAAGCCCUUAUGGUUGCGAGCCCGAGAAGUGCUUUUUUUGGGACUUUGAAAAAGCUUUGGGGAAUGAAACAGGCCCUAUCAAUACAGGGUCUAGCAGAACAGGCCGAGCUCCAGUUUUGCUUGCACUCUUCAAUAGCACGUGCCGGAAACCUUAGCCGGGCAACUAUGCUUAAGAAAUGGAUAUGCUGCUUUGCCAUGGUUUGAUUUUAUACUGUUAAUGAAGCAUAGAAAUGAUUUAGCAACCAAAAACAACUUGCCAAAUAUAAAGCAAUGCUUAAACUUCUCAACAGUAAAAAUCAGGUUCAGCAGCAGGAAUAAACUACUUGCAAAUGGAUUGUAUUACUCCUUGAGCUCAACAGGAGAGGGUGCCCGUUAUGUCCAUUGCUAGGUUAUGGGACUGGAGUCUCACAUCGGUCAUAUGGGAUUAUGGGGGACUGAUAUAUGGCUUAUAUAAGAUUAUGACGUCUCCUCCAACCUUGGGGCCUUUGGGUAUGGUUUCCCUGUUUCUUGGAGCAAUAUGUGAGAAAAAAGGAAUACUUUGCAAGGGUUAGGAGGAAGAGCUUUUUAAAACCAUCUCUGGAUUUGCAAGUGUCAGGAAACUCUUUAUUGUCAACCAAGCUCAAAUUUAAGAAAUUGUUUCUAUUUAAACUAGCAGAUUGACCAUUGGAAGCUCAUUUGUCUCUUCCUCACCAGGGAGUAGAGGUUUGCGAAUAAGUCACAUGCUACCUUUAAAUUGUCAAUGAAAGCAACAUUCUAAGGUGUUGUCGCCAGUCUCUCAAAUAUGCAGAAAGAACAAGAUCAGGCCUCCCAAACAGCAAAACAGAUAAUACCUGUCCUUGUGUCAUGUAUUCAUCUUAUUAUUUUAAAUUUUUAAGUAGUCGAGUUGUUUAUGUUUACGAGAGCAACGUUGCCGGCUGUGCCAGCUAUGAGCCAUACAACAGCAAAAGGUGAAACAAAGCUAAUGAAGGGACUUCCUUUUGUAAGCCAUCUAAUCAAUCAGAAAUCCCAGGAUGAGGUCAGUCUGAAUAGAAAGCUCAUUGACAGUGGUUUUGUAUAGUAGAGAUUCUUUGGAACAAUACCUUGUGUUAGAGCAAAAAAGGCUUUUCUGAAGUAGCUUAAGGCAUUUAGAUCGGAGCAAGAGAGCAUUUCGACAGAAAAAGGCCCUGGUGACAUGGCUUCAGAUUGGGGACAAGUUCUAAUUGAGGCAUUCUUAAUGUUUAUAGCUUUGUUUGUAGCUGGCAUUAUUCAUGAGCUUUCUUCCUUAUGUGUUUGAAAACUGGUCUUAGAUGAUGAUGGUCAAUUGAUCAUCUACCAAAGGGACUUGAGUGAACCUGAUAUCUGAUCGACAAGACGGCAAGCAAUAAUAUACCAUUUACACAAUGUCAUUCUGAUACUUCCAACACCCUUUUCAAAGGAGAAUUGUAUAUCACCGACCAAAUUUGGGACCUUGAUGUCUAAACGAGUGUCUGUACUUGGAAGAUUGGAACUAUGUUCAUGGUAUAACAAGCACCUAUGUUUGUGGUUCGGAGUGC